GUCAAAGCCACGGCCCCCGCCUACAAGGUGGGCCGUGAAGAUGGCGCUGGUUUUCGCCGGUCGCUCGGUGAGGGUCCGCCAGCACCGGAACCCCGGGGACUGUGUCCGCAAGCUGACUGUUAGCGCCUGCAAUCUGGGCGGUGGAUCCAGGUUGGCAGCCGCCGGCGUUUUUGACCAGGGGGCCGGUGGACGGCGGCGGUUGCUGCUAUCUCCCUCGGUGGCGCAGAGGCCGGGCGCCCAGAGCCGAGCCGCGGCUGGGAUCCUGGAGCCCACUCCCAGGCGGCGGCGAGCAGCAGAGCAGGGGAGCCGGCUCUCACAAGCUCCGACCGCCCUACAGUUACACCGCACACAGCAAACACCUGGCAGUGACCCUCCUGUAGCUGGCAGUGUGACAUUUCCACUGGAAAGGCACCUCUGUUCCCAGAAUAGGGAGCUCAGUAAUACUGACCUAUACAUGAUGCAUGUUAAUGGGUUUAUUCACCGUGGCAGCUGCCUGUCCUGUCGGGUCUUGGCCCCUCACUUGAGGAACCACAAAUACCUCCAGGGCCUUUGGAGCUUUAAACGGUCAAUCGUCACAAAUGGCUGGGCAUCAGCCCUAGACAGUAACGGACACUGGCAUUUUGUCACCAUGGUACAUCACCAGUGCAGACCCUACGGCUACUUUAGAGAUGGCAACAGGUACUCUGGAAGAAAUAAUGCUGUCCCACUUCCUCGAGCAAGCAACACGCUCUACUACGAUAUUUUGAAAAUCUCUCCCAGUGCCACCCAGAGCCAGAUCAAAUCAGCAUACUACAAGCAGUCAUUUCGUUACCAUCCAGACAGAAAUGCAGGCAGUGAGGAAGCAGCAUUGAGGUUCACUCAAAUCAAUGAGGCAUAUUCCGUGCUGGGAAGCGUGACCCUAAGGAAGAAGUAUGACCGGGGAAUUUUGACAGCAGCAGAUUUACGUAGCGGGAAGAAACCUUUGGAGAAAGCCCAAACCUCAACGUCAAAACAAUCACAGGCUUGGAGCUCGUCAGAUAAAUUGAGCUCCGAGAAAUCGAUGUUCAAUUUUGAUGAGUUCUACAAAGCUCAUUAUGGGGAGCAAUUGGCCAGGGAGCAGACCCAACGCUGGAGAAGGAUGCAGCUUCGCAAAAACAAGGAAAGUCUGGAGGGGAGGUGGCAUAUUCAGAAACUAAUGGAGAUGACAGUGACUGCUAUGCUUAUUGGAGGGUUUUUUCUACUGUUCAGUAUCAAUGAUAAAUAAAUGAACGAGGCUUCCUCAA